AUGAUCACCACCGCAAGGGUACCUGCUGAUAAACCGAUACGAAUUGCCUUCAGUCUAAAUGACUCCGCAGGUAAAAUUCAAAUUUAUUAAAGGUUCUUUGUCCUGGUUGUCCAUUAUUGCCACAAAUUGGCACUUCAGUGUCACAGUUUGAUUUUUCUUAGGUGUUUGAAAUGAUUUGGUCUCAUUAUUAUUAUUAUUAUUAUUAUUAUUAUAAUAUUUAUAUACCGCCCUAAACCCAGAGGUCUCAUACAUCCAUCAAGUUGUUAUAAUCUUAUUAGCAAACCUGUUUCAUUGAAAUUGUUUAUCAGGGCUCUUACUUGCAACAGCAACAGAAAGACACAAGCCUAGCACAGCAGCAGGCCGACAUUACAGAAUUCUAGGUGGAUCUUUAGAAGGACAACAGAGAGAGAGAGAGAGAGAGAGUAUGAAAAAAACGAGAUUGGGUAAAAAAAUACCUUCCUGACCAAAUUGAGGGAAGCUCUCAGGAAACAGCUGGUCUGGAUUGUAUGUUCCCUCAGAAACAAAAGAAGUAAAAAGUUGGUUGACAUUGUUCUUUCUAUUACUGCUGACUAUUUGUUUAGUUUUGCAGCCUAAAGUGCAGGGUGGGGAGAGAGAGAGUUCUGCCAUGUACGUGUUAUACUCCCUCUGCAUAAUUUAUGUGGAAAAGUUGUGUAUGACUUGGUUUUCUGAAGGUUUUAUAAUAAUUGCUGCAUUAACCAUUGGUGUCAAAGCUGUGUUUUUUUUAAUGACUAAGAUUAAUUUCAGGUCCUGAAAGGACUCCUGUAUCUUUGAGUCCCUGUGAAUGAAACUGCAAUUAUUAUUAUUAUUAUUAUUAUUAUUAUUAUUAUCAUCAUCAUCAUCAUCAAUACCCCAUCCAUCUGGCUGGGUUUCCCCAGCCACUUUGGGGAUAAAACAUCAAAUGUUAAAAAUUUUCCUAAACAGGACUGCCUUCAGGACUUCCUCUUCUAAAAGUCAGAUAUGACAUUUGGUGUUUUUUUCUUAGUUGUAAAAUGUUUGCUUUUUGUUUAGACUAUAAGCUUCAAGGCUCAGUAGAGCGAUCGCCUCGGGCAGCAGAUGCUACUGGGUGGGAAGCAGUGGGAAGGUGUUGGACAACAGAGCUGUGCUUGCUGCUGACCUGUACAGCCCUUAACCCAGCCUUUGGGUGUAGUGCAGGAUGUUGUCCCAUCACCAGUGUUGAAGCAUGAUUCAGCUGCCUGCUGGCUCAGCUCCCACCCCUGCUGGAGGGGUGGAGCGGUCACCUUUCCUUUGCCUCAGGCAGCAAAAGUUUAUUGGGCCUGCCCUACUUGCCAGGGAGUUGAAAAGGUCAGACCAGGAAACUGGAAUUUAUGAGGAGGGAGAAGCAACUCGGUUAGAGAACAAGAACUUUUUUGCGAAGCAAAGAUGCUGAGUGGAGGUGUUGGAAUAUAUAUAUAAGUGAGGCUGGCAAACAAUGUUUAAUGUUUUAUCAUGAUUUUAUAUAUGCUGGAAGCAGCCCAGAGUGGCUGGGGCAACCCAGUCAGAUGGCAGGGUACAACUAUUCUUAUUAUUAUUAGAGGAGAGAGCCAGAAAUCAAGAGAAGGUAGAAUGAAGAGUGCUGCAGAGGAUCCACAGUGCAAGAACUAAGAAGCUGAGCUGAAAGUGAGGAGGCUGGGUGUUGCACUGCAGUGGACUAGAAUGAGCAGAAGAAAUGGCUUUUUGGUCAUGGGUAAAGCAGGGAAAUAGGCUAAACAAGUUUAGGUGGCUCCCCGCCCCCCAUUGCUCUUAUGGUUAACAGCUAAAUCUGUUUUAAAAUUUAUUUUGCUCUACCCCAAACCAUUAUUACAACAACAGAGUUGACAACUUGAUUAAACUCUACAGCAAAGGUGGGAACCAGUGGUGGUCCUGAGGUUGUUGAAUUACACUUCCCAUGUCCUUGACCAUUGGCCAUGCUGCCUGGGGCUGAUGAGAGUUAGAACCCAACCAGUGGUUCCGCACCUCUGUAGACUAUAGCUCAUUGGUGAUGGAGCACAUCUUUGAAUUCAGAAGGUACCAGGUUCAAUUCCGGGCAUCUUGAAUGAAAGAAAUAUUGGGUGGCAAGUAAUGUGAAAUACCUUGUGCUUAAGACCUGAGAGAACUGCAGUCAGAGUAUGCAAUUCUAGGCCAUAUCAGCCAGCUCAGAUCAUGAGAGCAAUCAGGAGAGCUAGCUUGUAGUCCUGCCAGCAAGUAUUACUCUUGGUAUUUGAAUGGAGGGCAGAGCCUUCUCAGUAAUUGCACCCUGAUUUUGGAACUCUCUCCCUUUAGAGACAUGGAUGGCACCAUCAUUGCUGACCUUCUGUCAUCUAGUCAAGUCCUUUCUGUUCUCUGAGGCUUUUAGACAAGUUGUGUAGCUAAGGUUACCAUAUUUCAAAAAGUGAAAAUCUGGACACAAAAGUUGUUGAAACAAAAUUAAGGGGUGUUUUUUUUGCCAAAGUUGUUGAGCUGGGCACUAUUUCUGGACUGAAUCCAAGCUACCCUUUUCUGCAUUGUUUAUACUGGUUGCUUUUAUUUUAAAAUGUAUCUGGUUUUCAUCUUUCUUUUUAUUGUUAAAAAACACUUUGAGACUUUGGAUGAAAAGCGGUCUAAAAAUCAUAUAAAUAAUUUAAAUUUAAAGAAUUGGGUAAAGUCUGCCCUGUCCAAUAUAAUGCAGCUUUCUUUGCUUAAAAUGUUCUUCAUAAAUUGUAUGGAAUUGGAUAUAUACCACUGAUGGCGAUCCCAGGUUCAAUCCAUGGGAUUUCCAAUUCAUAUACAAUUAAAUUAAGGUAAAGGUAAAGCGGGGAGUGGGUGGUGAUAUGGUCUAAACCACUGAGCCUCUUGGGCUUGCUGAUCGGAAAGUCGACAGUUCGAAUCCCAACGACGGAGUGAGCUCCUGUUGCUCGGUCCCUGCUCCUGCCAACCUAGCAGUUCGAAAGCACACCAGUGCAAGUAGAUAAAUAGGUACUGCUGCGGCAGGAAGGUAAAUGGUGUUUCCUUCCACUCUGGUUUCCUUCACGGUGUCCUGUUGCACCAGAAACAGUUAAGUCAUGCUGGCCACAUGACCCAGAAAGCUGUCUGUGAACAAACAGUGGCUCCCUUCAGCCUGAAGCGAGAUGAGCAUCGCACCCCAUAGUCGCCUUUGACUGGACUUAACUAUCUAGGGGUCAUUUACCUUUACCUUUUUUACCACUGUUAAAUUGUUUAAAAUAUUGUGUUAAAGAAAUAUUAAUGUUACAAAUGAAAAUAGUUGUAUGGGCUUCUUGAGUUGCCAAAAGAAGUAUCAGUAUCCAGUAUCUUUGUCAAAAUGCUUUAUAACUACCCAGUUAAAUGUUCUUAGAGCAGCUGUGCUACCGAUGUGACUUGAGUCAUGUGUUGCCUUUCCUUUUGGCCAUUCACUGUGAAACACUUGCAACUGACAAUAAAGAUGUUGCAUAAAAUUCAGAAAGUAACAGCCCUUAUCAUAAGCUUGCUUACUGAGGACUCCAGUGUUAAUUAUGAGAAGGUAAUUAACAUGACCAAUAUUUAAAUAGCCACCCUAGGAGAGACAGAAGGAUUAGGACCACAGUACACAACAUGUAAGGGAUUUAACCCUUUCUCCUCAUUACGGUCCUGAUGAAAAUCCCAUCAGCACCAAUGAGUACUAGGGCUGGAGGAGAUUUUGAUUGGGACCAUGAGAUAACCUCCCCUCCAUGUGCUAUUUAAUUUUUUUUAACUGUCAAUAUUAAUUGCUUAGGCACAAUUAGCAUCACAACUAGUUGAGGCUUCUGAAAAUAGACCUAACAGCUGUAGAGAAGUAGAGCAGACGUACUUUCAUCUCUUUGGAAUCAAACCUUUUCUUUGUGGGGGGGAAAUAGUUCCGGUUUGCAGCAAAAGCUACUUGUGGGUAGUGCUGAUUGGCUAUUGGUCAUUACAUCACAGAGAGCACCCCUCCCCAGCCCCUUGGGAAUCCUCUGAGCAGCUUGUGUGAAAAGAACUAUUUUGAAAAUGUUUUCUUUAAAACAAUUGUGCAAAGGAUUAAAACACAUAUUGGUAAACAUAAAUGUAGUACUUUAAAAAAAGCGAAAAAAGCUUGCACCUAGGGAUGGAUAGAAUUGUAAAUUUUGGAUUCUCUCAGUUUCCAUUUUUCCAGUCUUGAGUCAGUUUCUCUGCAGUUCUGCAUCAGCUUGUGAUUUAUUUAUUUUUUAAAGUUCUCAUGAAAAUUCAUCAACAUUUUAGUGUGAAUUUCUCCAGAUAGGCACAUUUCUGCAAGCAAAUUUACCUAAUGCCAUGCAUUUUCAAAUGUUAUUUUAACUAAUAUGUUCAUAUUUAUGCCUACGGUCCCCUAAUAUACACAUUUUUUACACAUUAUUCGGUUAUAGAACAGCACUGCAAAAUUUGGAAAAGUGAGAAUUGCGAGUGAAAGCUGUGUUUCAGUUUGCAUACUGUGAUUUAGGGCUUAUCCACACUUACCUUUGGCCCCACUCUUUCCAGCCAGAGGUCCACACCUUAACUCUCCAUGUCUCAGUAUUUUUUCUUUUGUCCUGAGCUUUCCCCAUGAAAACCCACUCUUUAAAGUUGAAUUGGAGCAAAUGUCAGUUCGGGAUUUCUGUGGCUUGACAUUUGCUCCAACUGAGCUUUAAAGAGUGCAUUUUCACAGGGAAACUCUGGAGAAAAAAGGGGUAUGCUUGGAUAUGGAGCUUUAAAUUGCAGACUAUGCCUGGAAGGAGCGGAGGAAAGGUAAGUCUGGAUAAGCCCUUUGGGAGUUCUGCAUUAAAAUGUCAACCCAACUGCAUUUAUCCCCCAUACCUACUUGCAGUCCACCUGGAACACUGGCUGGAAGAGCAAGUCUGGUGUCUGACUCAGCAGCUGACUUGAUAGAAUGAGUAUUGGCAUCCAAAUUCCAAUACCAAGAGGAAGCUGGAUUGGCCACUGUAGCUGAAAAACCAGCUGCAACUCUACUUUUAAAAUAUUAGGUCUGUCUUCACUGACACUUCUUGCCAAGCAUGCUUAGAAUUGCAGGUUUAGGACUUUUCCAGACGCUUCAUGGACAUUUGUAGGAAUCUUUCUAGGACUAGGCAAAGCAUAUACAUACAUAACUGUUUCUGACAGACCUGGUGACUAAGUGGCAACAAGGCUUAGACACCAGGUCCACUAAGCUGGGUAGACCUGAUCUCUGAAAAACAAUACCAAAUCUAAUCCUUCAGUGUUUCCCAGUAGGUAUCUACUGCUCAUCAACAGGAAGCCUGGUGUCCAGAUGACAACCUACCAUCUAUGGUGAAAGCCGUUAAUUUUGUCCUUAGCUCCUUUUACCUCUCAGCCUUUAAUUGCACUGGGUAGAUUCACUACUGCCCAAUUACAACUACAUUAAAAUCCUGGAUUUCUGAAUUAAAAAUAAUAAUAAUACCUUUAACAUAGGGAGGAUUAUUUCUAGCCAUACUUGCCUUUAUUUCUUGAAAGAAUUUAGUUGGCCAAAGAAACAAUAGAUGUAUCACAGUGUGAUACUAGUGAGCCAUUUGAUAUCAUAUCACAUAACAUGCAUAUAAAUAAGCCAGAGAUAUUUAGAUUAAACCAGAUGCAGGAAGAAUAAAGCCUUGAGCCCACACCAAACCCACCAAAGCUUUCUCCUUAGCCCAAACAGUCUCAUGCUGCCUUGUGGCAACCAGCCAGGGAUCUAGUCAUUCCAUUCUCAUUCCAGGAGAAAAGGAGAAUGUCACCACUACCCAGCUGUCCACUCUUGACAUUCUGCUAUAGUAAUAUUUGAUUCCUUCCUCUUUUGUCCUCUGGUAUGAUCCCAGAAUACAAACUACAUGUUCUGACUAUCUCAGUAUGAACUGUAUUGAUGUUGCAAUUUUAGCCCCCUGUCCCUAUAAAAUACAUGCAAGCGGCAGUCAGGAAAAGAUCAGGCCUCUGUUUGCAUGUACUAUAAGCAUAAUAGAAUCAUAUAAUUGUAUUGUUGGAAGGGACGGUCAUCCAUUCUUGAGCUGGGAAAAUGCAUAGAAGAACCUGACUUCAACAGGCAACAGCACAAGCCAUGUUCAAGCCCACGGAAGUAACGAGCUGCAGCAGAGAUUUGUACUAUGUGAAACCAUAAAGGUCUGGAAGGUUUUAUCUGCAUGCUGUUGGCCAUACAUACAUACAUACAUAAUUUUAUUUGAAUGCCGCCUUUCCACAGUUCAAACCAUGCUCAAGGUAGCUUACAACAUAAAAAAUACACAACUGCAACAUAACAAAAGUAGUCAUAAACAAUAAACGUUAAAAAGUAGACAAUUAAACCAAACAAUUUCCACAUAAAUCACAAGAUCUAUAAAAAAGAUACAAAAAACCAGCAACAACAACCCUACGCCCCCCCAAAAACCCAAACACCCCAGCCCAAGACUAUAGCUAGUGUUUAUCUAUGACCUUUAUGGGUCCUGAUCCCUUAAUUUUAGGGGAAAUGGAUGCAGUCAUUGGGCUUAGACUUAAUGGAACCACUGUGUCAAUUUUUUAAAUUUAUUUUUUUAGAUUAUCUGUAAAACUGUGAGAAAGUACUAAGUUGAACUUCAUGAUUCCCUAAGUCCAGUGGCAUUUAGUGCUGUCAUUCAAUGGGCUGCUAUCCAAGAAGGCAGCCUCAGGCUUCUUCACAACUGUAUGUUACAUAUUUGAUGUGGUCAAAUAUGUGGUCAUGUGAUGGAUGAAGCCCUAAAGGUGAUUCCAUGUACAGUAAAAUCAUUUGCAAAGAGCUGCAACCCUACGCAGACCCCACCCCCACCCCCCUGAGCAAAGCAUAUCCGUUUCUUCCAAAUUCUCUGUUUCCAUUGUAGAGCCUAUGCUCUACAGGGGUUGGGAACUUUUUUCAAAAGAAGAGCUGCAUUCCCAUCUGGGCAGUCUUCCCAAGGGCCACACGCCAGUGAUGACCAAGGUCAGAGGCAAAUGUCAAGUUUUACCUUGUACAUCAGGUUGGUUUACACACAAACACACCCAUCUCUAUCUUCCACCCAUGCAACCAGAGUUCAAAGACACAUUCCAGCCAGAUGAAAACACUCAAGGGGGUUGUGAAAUAGGGCUGCUUAGAGCUAUGGCCUGAGGAGAGUGGGUGUGACUGAGGGUUAGAUAGAGGCGCCUGGGGGCCAUAUUUGGUACUCAGGUCCGUCCGCCCCCCUUCUUUAAGUAUUUGACCAUAUAUAUGUUUGUAUAGAUGGGAAACAAAUAUAAGCAUGCACGUUUUUUCUAUGCUUUACAUCAGCUGAUGAUGUCGUUUGCCUCUUAAUAAUUGUUAAGAUUUCAAAAUAAUAAUUUGAACUUGUUUUCUUUUCAGAUGAUACACCCCCCGAGAAUGCUUUUCCUUUGGCUUUUCCAGAUUUAGAAAAGCAGCUCCAGGUGACUCUCUUAUUUAAUACUAAAAUCCGUAGUGUGAAUUACGAUUAUUUAUAACUAUCAAAAAUAGACUUCUGCUGUUGUAGUGAGUGAUUGUCGAUGUAUGUACUCAAACUAUAAAAAUGAAAAGCAUGGAAAUAUAGGCUCUUAGACUUUUAAAAUAUGCCCUUGUGAGUUCCAAAACUUCCCUUUUCUCUUCACAUAGAAAAAGACUACAUGUUUGGCAAGCUGAAAAUGCUUUAUUUACAAACUCUCCAAAGCUCAGGUUUAUGUGCCUUUCCAUGCAGCAUUUAGAAAAGUUGCACAGGCAGUAAUAUUCUUAAAUUAUACUAUUGGUAUAGGAACUUAAGAUACGCUUGUUAGAGCCAUGUUGAGCUUCUCUGAGCUUCUCUGGUAGACUGAGGUACAACGGUAGGCUUGAUUAUCUUUCACCCAAAGUGAGAAGUGACCUAACCAAGCCUGGCAGGACAGCUUACUCUGUGGUAUUAACUCCUUCAUUCAUUAAUUAGACUUAAGUAUGUUGGUCACAUGAGGCUGAUUAUCCCACAUUUAUAAAGUGAAAUAUCUCUUCCUGAGACAAUGGGAGGCCUUCAGGCAGCAAAGAACAAAGAAAUUUCUUUCCACCUUGAGCAGUGUUAGGAGGUGAUUAAUUUUGAAGCAACCUUUCCAGACACCUCUCAAGAUACCUUUCAUCUGACUCAAACUCUUUGUUUUAUUUCUCAUUCCCCUCUGGAUCUUUCUCCCAGCCGCCAUAUAUCUCCAUUUCCAUCUUUUCACCCCAAGAGACGGCAGAUGACAGCUGUAAAGUAGUUCUGUGCUGAAAUCUGUGCCCUGAUUUCUACACACACACACACAGAGAGAGAGAGAGAGAGAGAGAACGAACCAUCAGUGAAAGAGGCUUCCACUUGAGAAUUUAUCCAGAAUGUCUGUUAGCUUACCUUUUCAUUGUGAGGGGGCCAAGGGUGCUGGGUGAGUUAUUCUUUCCAGUAAAUAUUUCUCCAGUACUCUGCAUUCUCCCAAGCUGCCUGCACUUCCUGAUCAGGCUAGCUUUCCUGGAGCUUAGGUCAAGCACAGGCACCCAGGAAGUCUGCAAAAUGCAGUCCUCUGAUGAGAUGAUGUGCAGAAUGAAAGAAAGGAUACUUCACCCACCUCAGAAGUGAGGUGUUUCGCAUCACCUAUGGAAAUUUCACUGAAAUCAACUCUCCUCUUUUAUAAUUUUUGGACACAGUUUCUUUUAUCAUUGACCGACAGAGAAUAGUUUUUAAAAUGCAGGAGAAAUUCUUGGCUCCACACUAGUUUAAAGGUGAAAGGAGUAGAAGGUGAGGGACAGAAUCUUUCACCCACCCAGAAUGUCAGCCCAAGAAGGGUGAACUGCCAUUUUUAUUUUUUAAGAAAAAGUAGAUGGAGCUGCAGUUCAGCUCAUAAAUUUUACAGUGGAGUUCUAUGCAUAUUUACACAGAAGGAAGUUCUGUUGCAGCUGUAGUUAAACAGUGUCUUUUCUUCCUUCCACAUUUUAGUACUGAAUCCAACCCUUCUGCAGUAGGAGAAAUGUUGCAUAAAGUUAAUAAUGAUGAGCAGGAAAAUGGAGAACCCGUGAGGUCCGGAAAGGCAAGGGAUCUCCCUUUAGGAACUGAAUCAGUGGUCCAUUAGUUAACAUUUAUAGGGGGAAGUGAAUGGCACUGUUGCCAACACAGUGUUUGUGGUUAUAUCUGCAAUGUAUGCAUGCUAAUAACAGUCAGCUAUGUACAUAUUGUAUGCUGCACUAUACAAGCAAGAAUAAGAUUUAACAGUUUUAAAAUUAUCCUUACCAGUCAGGUAUAAUCUUUUAAAUUUGCAGAAGGCUUGGAGAGACAAUAAAGUUUCCUUUCAUCAACCUUUUUUAUAUUGUUGAGCUAGGAGCAGCCUAAUAAAUUUACAUAAAAAAACAUGUCCCAGUAAGGACAAGAACUUUGCUGAAUAUAGACGGCUUGAAGUACAUGUUCAAGUGUGUCACUGGAAUAAGAACACAGAUCCAGACUGAGAUCAUGCAUCUAGAAAAAGAAAGAAUGCAUUUUCCACAUUUGGUUAUUUUCAGCAAAGGACCUCUGCUCUUUUCCCUUUCCUUAAAUAAAAUCUAGACUAGAAGCUUUCUAGCAAACAUUAGUUCAAAAUGUGGAAAUUCUGCUUCCCCAGCUCCCAUCAGUUUGGUCCCACUUGCUCCCCUUAAAGCUGCCUGGUCAAAAUGUUACAGUGACAGUAGGCAUUUUAACCAGCUGUCUGUAGACUUUGCAGUGUGAUCUUCUCUUUGCUGGCUCCCUUGCCUUGCACUUUCUAGUGGGUACAUGAAUCCUUUGGUCCCUAGGCCCCUUUCACAUAACAUUUCCCACCUCCCCAUGGGUCAUUUCGCAUGUUACCAAGUUUCCCGCCCAAUGUACACUUAAGCAGUCGCUGCCUGUAUGAUAGCAAACAUGUAUUUGCCACAAAAAAUCUUUGCAUUUCCCAGUAUUCACUUGAAAUGUAGGAGCGAUCACAGAUGCUCAAAUAUGAUGUAAAAAUCUUAAAAUGCACAUUUGUGAAUGAAAUAAAUAUAAAAGAGUGCAUCUCUUUCGGAUACGCAUGCUUCUUCAGUCCACUUUUUAUAUGACAUUUAGAAAUACAGGGGGGAAAGGUGUAUGUCAGACUUCCUCAAACUCGGUCCUCCAGAUGCUUUUGGCCUACAACUCCCAUGAUCCCUAGCUAGCAGGACCAGUGGUCAAGGAUGAUGGGAACUGUAGUCUCAAAACAUCUGGAGGGCUGAGGUUGAGGAAGCCUGGUGUAUGUUGUAAUGCAGAGCAAGUAUUUUAUUCUAAAUACACCAAUCAGGCAAAUAUGUAUUCUUUCCUGUAUUCCUCUUUCUUUGUUUUCUGUGCCAUAGGAUAGUUUUUCCUGCAAAGGAAAAUAAAAAACAGUGACAGAGAAGGUUUUAGAUAAUUAAUAGAAGUCUGAUUUAUAAGUGCUGGGAAACACAGUUCUUACAUGUCUAUUCCAGUACAGCCUGUAUAAUCUAACAGUCAUUUGCUGCCUUAUGAUCUUGUGAACAGUUCAAUGCAAGUUCAUAUGUGUUUGGAAGUAUUUAAGAUUUUCUGAACAUGGCUUUGACACAGAUGAACCUGAUCAAAACAGGACAGCUACAGUGGUGCCUCGCAAGACGAAAUUAAUCCGUUCCGCGAGAGUCUUCGUCUAGCGGUUUUUUCGUCUUGCGAAGCAAGCCCAUUGACGGAUUAGCGCUAUUAGCGCUAUUAGCGGUUUAGCGGCUAUUAAAGGCUUAAAGGCUUAGGGGAUUAGCUGCUAAAAGGCUAUUAAAGGCUAUUAAAGGCUUAGCAGAUUAGAUAAAGGGGAAAGCGAAAAAAAAAUCUCAAGACUCGCAAGAUAUUUUCGUCUUGCGAAGCAAGCCCAUAGGGGAAUUCGUCCUGCGAAGCAACUUCAAAACGGAAAACCCUUUCGUCUAGCGGUUUUUCCGUCUUGCGAGGCAUUCGUCUUGCGGGGCACCACUGUACAUGCUUUCCACCUCACAUUUAGAUCUGACUAUAGUAGGGGACAGACUAAAUUGGAUGGGCAUCUCUAAAGAUACAAGAUGGAGGCCACUUGAGCUAUUAAAAUUUCAGUAAGCAAUCCAUGCAAGUGGCUGACUAAAAAUGACAUUGGGGGAAUGAGAGGCAUGGAAAGAAGGAAAUGACAGAUUUGUUAGACAGAUGGGCUGCCUUUCUCUUUAUAGGAGGCCAGGGGUGGAUGGAGAAAGACACAGGCUGCCUAAAUCCAGAAUAAAAAGUUUUCUAGUUUUGGAAAGGGGAUUUACUGAGAGGAUAACAAUAGAAACAUUCAUGAAAGCCUGAACAUAUUAUAAGGCAAGUUGAGUACUGGGCACAAACCAGAAGUAUGCAUUUGGUUACUUUUUAAAUAGCCAAGAAAACUAUAGAUGACCAUUAAUCCAAACUUGAAACCAUGCACUAAUUAAGUGUAACAUCAAGCAACAUCCCUGGCCUAUGUUUAUUUUCACUAUCUUUGUCUCACACGAGAACCACCGUUAUCAGUUCCAUUUGUUCUUUUCUCUUACCCCCAGAUUUAGCUUUAUAUUUGGGGACACAUUCAUUCCCCCCCGCUCCCUCAGCCAAAGCACAUUUAGCCUCCUAAGCCCUCACCGUAGAACUAUAGUCUCACAUUUUCAGAAUCUCUGUUAUGUUUAUCCUGCCCUUUGUUGCUAUUUUUUUAAACCUGUCCUUAGCAUUUACAAAUGUCCUGGUCUUUACAGAUGUCUUGUUUCCUGUCCAAAAACUAAACAGUGGGUGCUUUUAUGAGCAUUUCAAAUCUCAAACAUCUUUCUCUUCGGUUUCCUGCAUCCAACAAACUGUACUAAUGUUUCUUUUAGGCCCUUACCUGGUAGUGGGUAAUUCUUUUGGAGGAGCAGGUCAUGUGUGGAGAAAACCCAGGUGGUAUUCAGUUAAAUUUUACUCAGAGUAAAGCUAUUGAAAUUAAUGGACCUUACUUAAUCAUGUUCAUUAACUUCACUAGGUCUACUCUGAGCAAAAUUUAGUUCUGAUCUGAAAGUCUGUGGUGUUUGCUGAACUAGACCAUCCUUUGCCCAUCUGAUGCCCCCAAGUUGAUUUUGACUGCAAGCUCCAAUCCAACCCAGCUUGAUCAGUCUGAUGGGAGUUGUGAUCCAAAGCAUUUGGAGGGCACUGGGCUGGUGAAGGCUGAAUGGGAUUGUGGAAUGCAAGCUCCACACAGCUGUUGGUAACAAAACUGGUGUUCUAUGUAGGAACGUGGCAGCAAUGGCCCUACCAUUAAGCAGAGUGCAACUGCUUCCUCUGCUGGUCAAUCCUGGCAGGUGGAGAGCAGUGGCAGCCUAUGGUAGGACAGAUCAGUGUGUCCCAGGUAAUCUGCCCUGCAUCCCUAAGCUAACCUGCUACCUUCAGGUGUGGUGAAGGAUGCUGUCCUGGCAUCAGGAUUGAAGUAAGCCAGAACUGCCACUCUCAUCAGCUUCUAUAUUUUGCCUCGUGAUGUGUCUGAAUACCAGGUACUGGAAACCACAGGAGAAAGGAGUGUUCUUGUGCUUGGGUCCCACUUGUGGGCAUCUGGGUGGCCCCUGUAAGAAAAUAAUGUUGGACUAGAUGGGUCUUUGGCCUGGUACAACAGGCUCGUCUUACAUUCUUAAGUUUUUAUAUCCUUCAUGUCAGACAGCAUAAUGUUUUGGGCCAGCCCUUCAGGGUUCUUAGAGGACUCUUGCAGUAGAGCUACUUCUAGACCAACAGAAGGGGGUCAGGAUUCUAGAAGCUGGGUUAAUUUAUGGUGCUUAAAUAUACAACCCACAUUAUUUACUCCAUUGAUGAGAGAAAUGCACCCUGAGCCUGUUCAGGGGCACUUUGAUUUAUUCCUACACCUUAUGCUCUAGGUCAGGAGUUGCUUAUAUGGCACCUCUAGGUGCGCAUGCAUUCACAAAGGCUUUCCUUAGUGUCCACAGGGGCCUCCUCUCGCCCCAGCUGAAAUUAGACUUGAAAGAAGCAUUCUAUUGUAGCUAAUAUAAUAGGUUGUGGUGUGUGCUUGGUUGGCGGGGGAAUGGCAGUUUCUCCAUUUUCCCCCAAAAGGUUGGCAACUGCUGUUCUAGGUUAAUUCCAGAUAUUGAAAACAAAUGUGGGGGCUGUGUGCCCUGGUGAACAGGGUACAGCCCCCACAAAUUAUGCCCCAUACCUUGGAAGAUGUGGUCUCAUUCCUAAGGAUAGGAAUUUUGACUUGUCAUAGUUUCCCAUUCUCAUAGAUAAUAUAUACACAAAUCCCAGAGUAUCUCUGCUCAUAACAAUAGCCUUUCCUAAAUGUUUAUGUGCUAAGAGCUUUUGUUGUGUCCCCUCAUGCAGUCCCUGUAAAAAUUACUGAAGGAACAGUGAUUGACUGCUUGAUGUCCACUUUAACCUUCUGUAUCUUCCAUGGCUUUAUGUGUAGCCAGUCUUUAGAAGGAAAAUAUUGGUAACAGAAAAGCACAUUGGUGAGAAUAUCAGGUUUGGAAGUAGGUAAAACCAUGUUCAGAUUGAAGGAGAGAAGAUGUUUAAGAUCUUAACACACACACUGGACAAGGGGUAUGGAAAUAGCAAUAAUAUUUACACUGAACUCAAAGAGAAUUACAAGCAGGCAUCUGCUUCUUUGUUGUAGCGUUAUCGUUUAUUUAGGUGAAAUCAUUUGCCAUUCUUCUUUUAGUGACAUAUUGAAGGUUAGCGAAAAUACUAUGCCAUUUUAAAAGGCUGAAUGCAAGUAUGAAUGUGCUGUGCCACUCCCAACAGAGUGACUCCAAGUAUUUUUCGCCACAAAUAGAGGAGCCUAAAAAGAGGGAGCAGGGUUAGAAAUAGAUUCUCUUUUAGAUCAGAGGAAUGCUGUGUGCUUCUCAACUGGGCAACAAACUGAGUCAAGAUGAAUGAACUAAGUAUUUUCUUUUUCUACUUAAGCAGCUUGUUGCUGUAUAGUGAGAAGUUUACUUACCCUUUUCAAAGUGUGUUACACACAGUCCACGGUAACAGACAAAUUGUGGCCACUGAUUUUUGUCUGAAUUAAGGUGCUGCUCAUUCAAAGGCACAGAAAGAUGUCUCCAGAAUAACUACUGAAUGAUGAUCUAGAUAAUAUCAGAAUAUUUUUAUUUACUAGACUUACAAUGUCUCAUGGAGUUCAGUGGGGGGUUACUCUCAGAUAAGGGAGGAUAGGGUUCCAGCCUUAGGCUGCAAUUGUAUGUAUACUUGGGAAUAAAUCCCACUCUAGACAGUGGAACUUGCUGUAGGUCUAGCCAUGUGCAGGACAAUAACGUAUUAUUGAAGGUCUUAACCUCCAAAAAGGAUGAUCUGAGGUACUUGUGGUCCUCCAGAUAUAGUUGAGCUUCUAACUUCCAUCAACCUCAACCAGCAUAACCAAUAGGAGUUGUAGUCCAACAGUACCUGAAGGCCACAGGUUUCCCCCCCCCCCCAAUAUAAAAACUAAGAUUAGUUUCAGGGGUAUAUAAUCGCCUUUUUGUGAUGUAAAGAACACAACACUACAAACUCUUGCCUGCAUCUUUACAUUGCAGGAGAAGAUCAGUAGUAGAAUAAAAGCUCUCCUUUGGCCAGAUGCUGAUCUUUAGGAACUGUUGCCAAACCUACAAAGCCACCCCCCCCACCCCGCCCACGGAAUCACUGCAAAGUAUUUUAUAAAUAAAUCAAUGAACCCUCCUUAGACAGUGUUGACAUGCAUAGGACACAUUUUGGGGAGGGAGGGGUGAUGUCUCCUUAAGGGAAGAAUGUGUGGAACUCCUGUCUGGAAAUUUCCAGAAGAUUAGCAGUAAGUAUGCUACCUUCUAGCUUAACCCCCUUCUUGUGGUCUGAGUUUCAACGGGCAAUAACUGAGAGACGUAUGAAGUGAACUGAGGAAGUGGUGGGUGCAUCACGUAGUUCAUUUUCCAUUGUGCCUCAGCCUACAUUGAUGCAGUGAAAAUGAAAAAUAAUGGGAACAUAAAAGCAUACCUCGUCAAAAGCUAGAGUGGGGUAGGCAACCUAAGGCCCGUGGGCCGGGUGUGGCCCAAUUGCCUUCUCAGGAAUCAGCAUGUUUUUACAUGAGUAGAAUGUGUCCUUUUAUUUAAAAUGCAUCUCUGGGUUAUUUGUGGGGCCUGCCUGUUGUUUUUACAUGAGUAGAAUGUGUCCUUUUAUUUAAAAUGCAUCUCUGGCUUAUUUGUGGGGCAUAGGAAUUAAUUCCUCCCCCCCCCCCAAAGUAUGGUCUGGCCCACCACAUGGUCUGAGGGACGAUGGACCGGCCCACAGCUGAAAAAUGUUGCUGACCCCUGAGCUAGAGGAUGUGCUCCCUGAACCAUGAAUUGUGAUACAUAAACAGUUCCUCAGCAGCUGUUGGUGUCUUGCUGUCCUCAUAGGGACAGAGAUUGGGUGGGGCAAGGCUGUAGCAAAAUCAGGGCAGUUCUGGCAACCUGGGGAGCUCCUCCCAGCAACCCAGAACUCGCUUGACCUUACCUCAGCCACCAUAUUCACUCCUGUCCUGACAAGUUCUGUGCCACCAGGAGAACAUCUCUUCUGCCCUCUUCCUGAGCCAUCACUGGGGUUCUGUAGUAUUGAAGAGCAUGAAUAUUAAACUAUUUGUUGCAUCAUUAGUUAUGAGUGCAAUGCCCAACCCAAGUGGUAGGAAGUUCUCAUCUUUCCCACUCCCCAUCCCAGUUAUUGCUCCCUGGAGUACUACAUCAGAAUUUCAGUCUUUCCUCACUUGUCCAUCAUCUGCAUCUGUUAGACUGAGUUGCCUUGACCCUGAGAUGCUGUAAUUGUGCGUCUGUAAUAGUGUUCUCAAGUAGUGUCCUGGGCAGAAUCUUUUCCAUACUGUUAAAUCUAGCAUUAAAAGUCUUCAUGGCCUUGCUCUAUCCUAUCUCUUUGCUUAAACUUUGUCUUCCUAUUUGAUAUUCAUAUCUGGUAAUCCAGCAAUAGAUUUGUACAUCUCAUUAUACCCCUGUCCUUGUCCUCUCCAGCUUCUGCUCCCUAGUUUCCUUUCCUCUUAAAUGAACCGGCUUCUUCUGCUCCUUAGACCUUUGAGUCUUCUCCCACAACUUUAUGUGAUUCCACCUCUCUCAGCUUUUGUGAGACAGGCAACGUGGUGCCCUUCAAAUGCUGCUGGAUUCCAACUCCUAUGAGCCCUAGCCAGAAUGCUCAGUGGUCACCUUUGAUGACGUCUAACCAUGUCUAUUGCUGUGAAUGUCAUAUAUGACCCUGUGAAGGCUUUGAAUUAGUGUCUUGUCCCUGCCCCCAGCUUGAAACCAAAACUUUAUAUGUGACUCAGCUGUCUAAUUCCUACAUUUUGUUACCCGUACCCCUCCUAUCCCUCUGUUUCCCCUUGUAAAAAAUUUAGACAGUAAGCUGCUUGGGUCCACAGCCUGUAUUUGCACAUUAUGUCACUCUAUAAAAAUACCUUGAACAUAGUUACCACUGGAGAAACAGGUAUGGUUACUCUGUAGAAUGUAAAUGUAAAUUGUGAAUACCAGUUGCUGGAAACCACAGGAAGGCAAGAGUGUUCUUGUGCUUGAAUCCUGCUUGCUGGUUUCCCACAGGCAUCUGACUGGCCACUGUGAGAACAGGAUGCUGGACUGGAUGGGCCAUUGGUCUGAUCCAACAGGCUCUUCCUAUGUCCUUGUGUAAAAUGCUUUACAUUUGAUAUGAUUAACAAAAUGCAAGGCUGUACAUGAAUUGGAUUGUGAUAUUAUCUGUGUUGUAAGUCAUGGGCUAUGUAAGGUCAUAGCAAAACCACCAGGGCUCUAGUUGUCAGAGGUAUUAGCUCAGGGCCCAGGUUUGGAUUUUAUAUCUUUAGGAAUAAGUGGUCAUUCUUACAUUGCCUUCUGUGUUCUGCAAUUUAGCUUAUGUGACUUUGUUGCAUUAUUUAAUUAAAUAAUUAUUAUAAAGCCAAAGGUCUUAUUCAUAAAUAUGUAUAACGUGAAUGUUCCAUAGAAUCAAUUAGAUCCUUAAUACCAUUUGCAAAUUAAUACAGUACUACUAUUCUUAUAACAGAUGCGGAGGGUGUCUUCUUUCUUAAGCUAAUGCUUUCAUGAGACAAUGCUCCACUCAUUAUAAGAACACAAAUGAUUAUAUUAAAAUAACAUCUCAGUUUAAAUUUCAUUUCUGAUUAUUCAUCUGAAUGCUAAAAACCUUAAACUAUUUCCCCCUUUAUGUUUAUGAAGCCUCUGCCUCCUUGCCAUGACUCAAAGGAAUCUAUGCAGGUGUUCAAACAGCACUGCCAAAUAGCAGAAGAAUACUAUGAAGUCAAAAAGGAAAUUGCACUGCUUGAAGAAAGAAAGUAAGUGUGUGUUUUCUUUUCUAAAUAACUGUCAUAUACUCAGAAAGGUAACAUCUGCAUGAAGAAUUUCUGCGUUAAUCAAAGAGGCUAGUAAAAAUUAAAUGAGUGACAUCUAACUAAGUUAUGCUGAGAGUAAACUAGUUUAUUUAAAUGGGUCUUCUCUGAAUAUGACUAACACAGGAUAUCAUUCAGAGAGAGAGAGAGAGAGAGAGAUUUCUUGUAUUUCUCCCAAGUGUGUUACUUCUUUUUCUGCAUUGUCUGUCUACAUUGUAAGUUUAAAGGUUAAAUUCACAGAGGCAUCCAUAGGCAAGGGAAAAGCAAUCAUAGAUUCAUGUCCUGUGACCUGGAGAGGUCGGGGAUGUGUAUCAUUCAUGGAGUUUGUCCUUACCUGUUUUGAGUAUGGAGUCUUGGCAUGUCACCAAUACCAUCUAGUCAAGAUUAUUUGGAUCUAAAAAUUGCCAUCUAACACAUUGACUCUAAAGACAAUAUAAUGUUCUGUGGGUGGUUUUGGCCCACGUAUCUGAUGGCCUUGGGUAUCAGGCUAGCUUGUCAUAUCCCUUCCCGCUACGGUUGCUGGAUCACUCUUCUUUUGAUAUUUUGUCUGAAAUCUUGGAGAAUUGUUGCCAGUCUGCACAGACAAUAUUGAACUAGAUGAGUCAAUAGUUUGGUUCCAUCUAAAUCAGCUUCCUAUGUUCCUAUUUGGGAGGAGAAUAUAUGAUUAAUUGUAAAAUCAAAACCAAAGGUUUGUCUAAACAUUACCCAUAUACAUGUAUUCAGUUUAUUCAUGGAGGAGUAAGCUUUCAUUGUGAGUUAUAUAAUAUUUACAUUUUAGAUUUAACCACUUUUUAGGGUUCAUAUGUCACAGCCAGUGUUUUUCCUCUUCCUGUUUCUUAUAUUGUAACUCACCCUGAUACAGAAGUCUUUUGCUAGCUAAGAGUUGACAGAACAGCAUUUUAAUGUGUUUUCCUUCUUUUCAUAGUUCUUAGGAUCCAAGCCAAAGGGACACAAAGGACAUUUAAAAAUCUCUCUCUUUUUCCAGAAGGGAGCUGAUCUCUAGGCUAGAUCAAGCUGAGAAAGAAAACAUGGAUGCUGCUCAGCUAACUAAGGAGUAUGCAAACCUGACAGAAGAGAACCGGACACUGAAGCUGGCCCAGACGCAAUGUGUCGAACAGCUGGAGAAGCUUAGAAUACAGUAUCAAAAGAGGCAAGGAUCAUCAUAA